AUGGCAAAAGAAGGUAGCCAACAGUUGGUUGCAACAACAACACCAACUAAACCUGUAGCACCACCAAUCAAUGGAAUUGAAAUGGAGCGUAUAGACUAUAUACCUCUCAAGAAACAACUAAACAAUGUAUUAAAAGAUAAAGCUGAUAUGUAUUGGGACACACUCAAACAAUUCUUUACUGGAAGAAUGACAAAGAGAGAAUUGGAUCAUUUCGUAUUACUCUAUCUUACUGAAUCACAUUUAAAGUUACAUAAUGCAUUUAUUAGAGCACUAUUACAAAAUUCAUUGUAUGCAAAUACUCCACCAACCCAAACUCUAGACCCACCAAAACCAAUACCAAAGAAGAAAAUACUUACCUAUCAACAACCUGUUCAACCUGCUCAAUCCAAAGACAAGGAGCCGAGUGGUAAAGGACACAGAUCAAAGGACAAGAAGGGUCGAUCUUCAUCGUCGUUGUCAUCGGCAGAUACAGCCGCUACCACCACCACAACAAGCAAGUCGAAAAAACCAAAGGCACCAUCCUCCUCAUCCUCUUCAUUAUCAUCUUCAACCUCUUCGAGAAGAGUAUCAAAGGCUGGAAAUAACAAUACAACAACCACUGAAACUUCACUUCAAACAAAGGAAAAGAGAACUCAUCCAAAAUAUUCAUUAUUAUAUUCACCUGAAGUUCAAUCAUUAAAGGAUAGAAUGGAAACGAUUGCAUGUGAAUCUGGAUUGAAUGGAGUAUCGAGACAAUCAGUGAUAUAUAUGAUGUUGGCAUUGGAACGACACAUCAAAGAUAUAUUGUAUAAUAGUAAUCCUCAAUUAACAGACAAACAAGAUAAACAUCAUUAUUUCUAUCAUACCCCCAUCCCCACAGACUUUGACGACGAGGAUGAUUAUAGUUCUGAUGAUGAAUUCCUGCCACCCAAUCAAAGACCACCUCCACAAUAUUUGGCAUAUCAAUAUGAUUCUAUACGUAAUGAAUUAUUUAAUCAAAAACAAGAAAAAGAACAACAAAAAAGAAUUGAUAAUCAUCCUACUACAUCUGGUCUAACUUUGAAAUCUUAUAAUCAACAAGAAAAUGAAGAUAUUCAACUUGACAAUAAUAAUGAUGAAACAUCUACUACAAAUACUACCGAUCAAACAAAUAGUAAUAAUAAUAAUAAUAAUAAUAAUAAUAAUAAUGGGGACAAUGAUGGUGAAAAACAACCUGACAAAAUGAAUAUAGAAAAUAAUAAUAAUAAUAAUAAUACAACUAAUAAUAAUAAUGAAACCAAAAUGGAAAUUGAUUCUACUAAAACAAUAGAUACACCAAAUAAUAAUAAUAAUAUAAAUAAUAAUAAUGCUACUACUAAUACUUCUACUACUACUACUACAACAACAAAUGUAAUUGAACCAAAUAAUAAUAAUAACAAUAAUACGCAACAACAAUUAUUGGCAACCAAACCAAAUCCAAACUAUUUUAUAUCAAAGAAUCCAUUGUUGUCGUUUAGUAUACCAGUUUAUAAAAUACCAACUGAUCUAUUCAAUAAUAAUAUUUGUGAUGAAAUAGAUGAUGACAAUACUAGUGGUGGGGAAUACUCCUCUACCACUACAACAAAGAAGAAAAGUAAUCCAAUUUUAUCAACUCAAGAUGUUUACAGCACCAUAGAAAUGAACCCAUACAUAUUAGGAGAAGAUACACUAAACUUUGAAAGAAUUAAUCUUAAUAGGACCACCCAAAAAGCUUAA